AGGUGAUGAAGAAAGAUGAAGCUUUCUUUCAAUUCCUGCUGCUGAGAGUCUGGCUGGACUAAAAUGCAAAGAAUUUAUCCUGCAGAUUAGUAGAUUUAAAUCCAAGAUAACACCAAGUUGUGGAAGCAUCUUGUUUGUAUGAAAACAACCUGAAAUCCCCCCACACCUGUCACAUCUGACUGAAUGCAGAGGCUUAUCCUGCUAUGGGUGAUGUGCACUCUGGAAACAGCUCCUAGAAAGAAUGCCCUUGAGGCAUGGCAGAAUAAUGGCUUUUCCUCUGUGGCAUGUCCAGGGUUUGAAGCUCCUGAGGUACACACACUGGGUCUUUCCUAAUGAACUCAUGUGUUGUGUUGACCUUUUUUACUUACCUAAGCCYGGGAUCUGUUAAUUUGGUGGUUGGGGUGUUGGGAGGAUGUGCUGAAGGGUGAUGCUUGUAAAGCACCUGGAACUGCAAGACAGUGUUAUUGUCUCUGUAAUGCCUAGUGGGGUAAUCCUCAUUGUGAUUCCAUGUAGCUACCUGAGCAUAGCCUUCUACAGGUAUCUUACCUUGUCUGAUGUGAGGGGUAUGUAAUUUCCUGCACAGGCAGGUCUUUCCUGAGGAAAAAAAMCCCUUUGUUUCCUUGGAAAAACAAUUACUAGAGCCAGUUAUCAAGAAGUACACUUAACUUGUCUAAAAAUAUGCUUUUGCAAUGACAGAGGCAGAGACUCUUUGAGAAUCCUGUCAAGUAUGCUCYAGUGGCUGUUUUUAAUCUGGAGAAAAAAUAAAUAUAUGUGUUUGAAAUAGAAAGCCAAGAGCUCUACUAGAUACAUUUGGUCUGAAUCUGGGCAUGCUUGAAAGUGUCACCGAAAUCCACCUAUGAUGUGAUGGCAGCCUCGCUSAUUUCAAAGGAAAAAUGAGCAGAAAAUUGACUUUGCUGGACAGUUAUGCAUAAAAACAUCUCCCCAAAGAGCUAAUCCUUAGCAAAURAAGCAUGAAAGAGCCCGGGGUUGAGUGUUGCUGGAAUCGGGUGAUGGGGACAGGCAGCAGCAUUGCUCAAGGCAGGAGCCGAGGGACAGGUCCCCUGUGCUGGAUUCCGCAGCAGGAACAUCUCAGCCGGAGCUGAUGGGAGAUCGGGGGGAUGUGGCUCGGGCUGUGCUCAGUGAACCCCCGGGAAAGCUGCGUUCUGCUCUCCACCGGCUGCCCCAGGGACACGGGGUCCUGGUGGGACUCAGCUGUGAGAGGGAGGUGCACUGGAGGGGGAGGAGAGGAAUGKAUGGGCAUGGAGAGGCGGGGAGUSAGGGCUAAGGAAUCCCUCCCCUCYCUGCCAGGCCUGCUUUGAUGGGGAAAGGAGAUGAAUUUGCCAUCAUGAAUCUCUUGUCAUUUGAGUCCAUCUGCAUUUUCCUGCUUUCUCAAGCUUUGCUGGUGUUGGGUAUGCAACAAAUCCAUGUUGACCAGGAGAUGAUUGACAAGAUCUCAGCUGCUGGCCAGUUGAUGCAGUGCUCUGCCUCGUUAGAUGUCCUUUUCCUCCUGGAUGGCUCCUACAGCAUUGGCAAAGGAAGCUUUGAAAGGUCCAAGCACUUUGCAAGCAAGCUCUGUGAUGCCUUGGACAUACAUCCAGACAGAGUCCGUGUGGGAAUGAUACAGUUUAGCUCAACUCCCCACCUUGAAUUCCCACUGGAUUCCUAUCUGACCAAACAAGAAGUGAAAGACAGAAUCAAAAGGACUGUKUUCAGAGGUGGGAGCACAGAGACAGGUCGGGCUCUGAAGUACAUCCUCCACAAGGGUUUCCCUGGUGGCAGAAAUUCAAGUGUCCCUGAAGUCCUGAUCAUCAUUUCGGAUGGAAAAUCCCAGGGCAGCCCUGCAAUGCCUGCAAUGCAGAUGAAGGAGAGACACAUCACAAUUUUUGCAGUGGGAAUCAAGUUUCCAAGGUGGGAGGAGCUGCACGUGCUGGCCAGCGAGCCCCCUGAGCGGCACCUGCUCUUUGCUGGAGAUGCUGAUGAUGCUGCCAACGGCCUGUUCAGCACCUUGAGUGACCCUGUCUGCACUGCCASUGCUCCAGGCUGCAAAGUCGAGUCCCACCCUUGUGAACGCAGGACCCUGGAGACUGUGAAAGAGCUGGCUGGGACCUAUGUGUGUUGGAAAGGCUCAAAGCAGCAAAAUGCAGUGCAGGCUUCACUGUGCCCUUUCAUCAGGUGGAAGCGAGUCUUGUUAAAACACCCAUCCACAUGCUUCAGAACUAUAUGCCCAGACCCUUGUGACUCCCAGCCAUGCCAGAAUGGUGGCACAUGUGUCCCAGAGGGGCUGGACAGAUACCACUGCCUCUGCCUGCUGGGGUACGGAGGAGAUGUCCACUGUGCAGCAAAGCUGAGCCUUGAGUGCAGCGUGGAUCUCCUUUUCCUGAUGGACAGCUCAGCAGGGGUCACGCUGGAAGGGUUCCUGCGCUUCAAGGCUUUCCUCAAGAGAUUCCUCCAAGCCAUGGUGGGCCAGGACUCWCCAAUGAGCGUGGGGGUGGCCCAGUACGAUGACGAUGUCAGGGUGCCCAUUGAAGUGGGCCACCACAAGGAUGUGGUCAGUCUCAUCAAGAGUAUUGAUGCCUUGAAUUUCAGUGGAGGAAGAACCCUGACAGGCAGAGCCCUGCAGUACAUUGCACAGCACGGUUUUAGGAGCACYCCAGCCUUUGCAGAUGUGCAGGAUGAUCUCCCACGUGUGGUUGUUCUGCUCACUGACUCCAAGUCCCAGGAUUCGGUGGCAGAAGCUGCUAAGUUCACAAAGGACCAAAAUCUCUUCUUGAUCGGCAUAGGCAGCAGCUUCAUGAGAGCAGAGCUGACCAAGGUGACUGGCAAUCCAGAGCAGACCAUUGUCUACUCAGACCCCCAGGACCUGUUCAACAGGAUCCCAGAGCUACAGAGAAAAAUCUGCAGUGUGGGCAAUCCUGAAGGCUGCCAGGCCCAGUCUCUUGAUUUGGCAUUUGUUGUGGAUGCCUCAUCCGGAGUUGGCCUGGAGAACUUUGUGCGUCUGAGGCGCUUUGUCAGGAGCAGCUGUUCGCACUUUGUCAUCAACCGCGAUGUCACCCAGAUUGCCCUGGUGAUCUACGGCAGCAGAGCUCACACUGUGUUUGCUUUGGACACCCACACCAGCAGCUCUGCUGUUCUCCAGGCCAUCGAGCAGGUGCCUUUCCUUGGGGACUCAGGCUCUGCUGGCAGUGCCUUGCUSCAUGUUUACAGUGAUGUAAUGACCGUUCAGAAGGGAGCAAGACCUGGUGUCAACAAGGUGGUGGUGCUGCUCACCAGCGGAGGGGGAGUGCAGGAUGCAGCUGCCCCAGCUCAGCAGCUCAGGCACAACGGCAUCUUGGUGUUCGUGGUUGCCAUUGGGGACACACAGAGGGACACGCUACUGAGAGUUGCUGGGUCUCCCAAUUACCUGGUGCACGUCUCCUCCUAUGAAGACCUGCAGUAUUACCAAGGCCUUAUCAUCGAAAGGAUCUGUGAAGAAGCAAAAAGCCCCGUGAACCUGUGCAAGCCCAACCCGUGCAUGAACCAGGGCGUGUGUAUCCUUGGGCCGGGGAGCUACCGCUGCGAGUGCCACGGCUGGGAGGGACCCCACUGUGAGACCAGAGUUCUCCGGGGUGAUUCUCCAAGAUCUCCAGUCCUUCCUCCACAUUCCCAUGUGCAGUGGAGUCCAAGAGGAUUGCAGCACUUCUCCAGAACCCUCCGGCACAGCAAAAGGCAAAUGGAUCAGAGGCACUGACCCAGAUGUGCCAAGUGCUCCAGUUCUCUGUCCAAGAGCACUGACUGCCACUCACAGGCACCAUCUGGCACUGCCCUUGGCACUGAUGGAGCUGCUCCAGCACAGGAAUUGUGUUGAGGCCAUUCCCAGUUCCUGCACAGUUCCAGCCCAUUGCACAAACUGGGCUUCCCAGUGCUCUCUUUGUUUUGUAAUUGAAGUAAAUAUUUGUGUUUAAGUAUUUCUGGCAUUUUACAUUUUCAGGUCUUUUUCUUUCUUAACAGAUUUUUAGAGAUCGUUGACUUAGUCUAAAAAUAUGUAGAAGUCUGAGAAAUUUUGGAACUCCUGCUGAGGGGAUGUAACACAAUUGAUGGACUUGCAGUGAAGUGCUGGAGUGAAUGGCUCCUUACAUGCAGAAAGACAGAGGAGGAGGAAGGAAAGCUGAUUACAAGCCUCUGUUCUGUUUCAUAGGUUGUCCAUGCUGUUUUCUUCUCUGAAUUUUUGGGGCUGUGAUGGUUCACAUGUCUYCAGAGACAGUUUGGCCACAUGCCUGCAUCCUUCAGAGCAUCAGCCUCACUACAUCAUU